CGUCGAUCUACCACCUCUAAACCUACGUUCCAGCUGCAACCCACCACCAGACGCCCGCCCCCCAUCACCACCGCCGCCCUCUUCACGACCCCACGACUCCACGCACGACGCCCGCAAUGGUGAUCCUCUCCAUCCUGAUCCUCAACAAAGCCGGCGGAUUGAUCUACCAGCGCGACUUCAACGAAGGCCUGAACAAGCUCUCAUCGAAUGAUUACCUCGUGUUGGCAGGUACCUUCCACGGUGUACACGCCAUCACUUCGCGCAUAUCGCCUGUGCCCGGAUCCGGUGGACUAGAGGUCCUCGAGAGCGAGCAGUUCCGGAUGCAGUGUUUUCAAACACUCACUGGAACAAAAUUCUUGAUAUUCGCUGAACCGCAUCAACCCAAUAUCGAUGUCAUCUGUCGGAGGGUCUAUGAACUCUACGCAGACUUCGUGAUGAAGAAUCCGUUUUAUCAGAUCGAGAUGCCGAUCCGGUGCGAGUCAUUCGAUAGGCAUCUUGCUGCGUACAUAAAACCGAAGCAGUAGUGGGUGGAUUCGAUGGAGAGUCGGUGCGGGAGGGAGAGGGAGAGACGACGGAGUCGCGGACAAUUGCGAUUCACGAUUGAUUUGGAGGUCUUUUUUGCGGGCUAUACCUGUUGUUUGAUGCCUAGAGUGGAGUUAUGGAGUUUCAUUGUUCACAGUUGCUGUCACAAGUGCGCUUAGAGUAAUUGAAGUGUGUCGAUACUGGUACGGGAAUUAUCACCAUUACACAAAG